GGCUGCUAGCUUGCCUUGGGCUUUGGUGUACUGUAUGCGUUCGCUCCUGCUACCGCUGCUCCAGUCUCCUUUCCCCUCUCUGUGGGAAGGGAUGGUUGAGUCCAGCAGCAGCACGAGCAGCGGUGGAGGAGACAGCUUCUUCUUGCGCUGCUAGCAGCUGGUCGAGCUUGCCGCGCUCUCCCGGCUCGGCUCUCCUCAGCCUGUCUUCCUUUUUCCUCAUCCUGACAGCAGCCCUCGCUCUUUUUUCUUCCUAUUUCUUUUAUUUCGCCUCCCGCUGUUGCCGUCGCCGCCUGCCUCUCCUUCUGGCUUCUCUCUGGAUGCCUGGCCGCGUCUCUCCCUCCUCCUCCUCCUCUGAUUCUUCGUCGUCGUCGUCGACGUCGUGCUCGUCGCUGUCGUCUUGGGGCAGCUGGUGGGUUUUUUCAGCCCUGCCUCAGAGGAGAGCCGCGCGUUGGGCUCUGACCGGAGGAGACUCCUCUUCUUCAUCACCAUCGUCAUUAUCACCGCGUCGGCGUCUUCUUCUUCCAGCUCUCUCAACCCCGCAGUGGCUCGCCGGUACCUGAUGCUAUGAGAAGAAGCAACGCCGAGGCAACGAGCAGUCCUGCAGGAGGCGUCGAAUGCUGCGCCGCCGCCGCCGCUGCUACCACUCGCGGCACCUGGAGCUCCCCUCGCUGCUGCCGCCGCCUCUUUCUCCUCCUGGCUUUGCCCUCUGGUGAUUCUUUAGCCCUGGCCUCAGGCCCUUUGGCACUUCUGGCAAGGGAGGGAGCCCGCGCACGCAGCUGAGAGAGGCGCCCCGGCGAGGUUCUUGCCUCUCUACCUCCCUCCCCUCCACCAGCCUGCCUCCUGUUAGCUCUCGCUCGCUCUUCUCUCUCUCUCUAUGUUUGUGGAAUAAACUGCAGACAUGACUGCGUGGAGGCAAUUCGAGACUCUGCUGGUGGUGCUCUGCGCGGGGCUCCUUGCUGCAGCUCAGGGUCAGAACUGUGGAGGUUUAGUACAGGGUCCAAAUGGUACAAUUGAAAGCCCAGGAUUUCCUCAUGGCUAUCCAAAUUAUGCAAAUUGCACAUGGAUCAUUAUCACAGGAGAACGUAACAGGAUACAAUUAUCAUUUCAUACGUUUGCCCUUGAAGAAGAUUUUGAUAUUUUGUCCAUUUAUGAUGGACAACCACAGCAAGGAAACCUAAAAGUGAGACUUUCUGGAUUUCAGCUGCCAUCAUCUAUCGUGAGCACAGGUUCAAUUCUGACUCUCUGCUUCACUACUGACUUUGCUGUGAGUGCUCAAGGAUUCAAAGCUAUAUAUGAAGUGCUACCCAGCCAUACUUGUGGCAACCCUGGUGAAAUACCAAAAGGAGUUCUUCAUGGUACAAGAUUUAAUAUUGGAGACAAGAUUCGGUACAGCUGCAUCUCGGGCUAUAUCUUGGAAGGUCAUGCUAUGUUGACAUGUAUCAUGAGUCCUGGAAAUGGAGCAUCAUGGGAUUUUCCAGUUCCAUUUUGCAGAGCUGAAGGUGCUUGUGGAGGAACUCUCCGUGGGACAAGUGGAAUUAUUUCAAGUCCUCACUUUCCUUCAGAGUAUGAUAAUAAUGCUGACUGCACAUGGACGAUUCUAGCUGAGCCAGGAGAUACCAUUGCUUUGGUUUUUACAGAUUUUCAACUAGAGGAAGGCUAUGAUUUCUUAGAGAUCAGUGGAACUGAAACACCAUCAAUAUGGUUGACUGGCAUGAAUCUGCCCUCUCCUGUGAUCAGCAGCAAAAACUGGUUACGGCUCCAUUUCACUUCUGACAGUAAUCACAGGCGGAAAGGAUUUAAUGCCCAGUUCCAAGUUAAAAAGGCAAUUGAACUAAAAUCAAGAGGGGUCAAGAUGCUACCCAAUAAAGACAGCAACCACAAGAAUUCAGUCUUGAGUCAAGGUGGGGACGCAGUUGCAUCAGACACAUGUCCUGAUCCAGGUGUUCCUGAAAAUGGGAAAAGAACAGGUUUGGAUUUUAGGGUGGGUGCUAGUGUUCAGUUCAGCUGUGAAGAUAAUUAUGUGCUCCAAGGUACGAAAAGCAUCACUUGUCAAAAGGUGACAGAUACGCUGGCUGCUUGGAGUGACCAUAGGCCAACAUGCCGUGCUAGAACAUGUGGCUCCAACCUCCGUGGACCAAAUGGUAUUAUCACAUCACCCAAUUAUCCUGUUCAGUAUGAAGACAAUGCACAUUGUGUGUGGGUUAUAACAACACUUGAUCCAGAAAAGGUCAUAAAGCUUGCGUUUGAAGAAUUUGAGCUGGAAAGAGGGUAUGACACCCUGACAGUAGGAGAUGCUGGAAAAGUGGGAGAUACCAGAACAGUGUUGUAUGUGCUGACUGGAUCUAGUGUUCCUGAUCUUAUUGUUAGUAUGAGCAACCAGAUGUGGCUCCAUUUGCAGUCUGAUGACAGUAUUGGUUCACCUGGGUUCAAAGCUGUUUAUCAAGAAAUAGAGAAAGGUGGCUGUGGUGAUCCUGGAAUUCCAUCCUAUGGGAAGAGGACUGGCAAUAGUUUUCUACAUGGAGACACACUUACUUUUGAAUGUCAAGCAGCAUUUGAACUUGUGGGAGAGAGAAUGAUCACAUGCCAACAGAAUAACCAGUGGUCUGGCAAUAAACCCAGUUGUGUUUUCUCGUGUUUCUUCAACUUCACAACACCUUCAGGAAUUAUACUUUCACCAAACUACCCUGAAGAGUAUGGAAACAACAUGAACUGUGUAUGGUUGAUAAUUUCAGAGCCAGGGAGCAGAAUACAUCUUAUUUUCAAUGACUUUGAUGUAGAGCCUCAGUUUGAUUAUCUGACAGUGAAAGAUGAUGGGAUUUCUGACUUACCAGCUCUUGGUACUUUUUCUGGCAAUGAUGUGCCUUCCCAGAUUGCUAGCAAUGGGCACAUAGUACGUCUGGAAUUUCAGUCAGAUCAUUCUACUACUGGAAGAGGAUUCAAUAUAACAUACACUACAUUUGGCCAGAAUGAGUGCCAUGAUCCAGGAAUUCCCAUAAAUGGAAGGCGCUUUGGAGACAGAUUCCUUCUAGGAAGUUCUGUUUCUUUUCAUUGUGAUGAUGGCUUUGUGAAAACACAGGGCUCAGAGGCCAUAACUUGUGUUAUACAGGAUGGAAACGUUGUGUGGAGUUCAACUGUUCCACGAUGUGAAGCACCUUGUGGUGGCCACCUGAGAGCAUCUAGUGGAGCUAUCUUGCCACCAGGAUGGCCAGGAUACUAUAAAGACUCAUUAAACUGUGAAUGGGUGAUUGAAGCAAAGCAAGGGAACUCUAUUAAGAUCACUUUUGAUAAAUUCCAGACAGAAGUAAAUUAUGAUACAUUGGAAGUCAGAGAUGGGCCAACUAGUUCAUCCUCAUUAAUUGGGGAAUACCAUGGCACCCAAGCACCACAGUUCCUUAUUAGUACUGGAAAUUACAUGUAUCUCCUAUUCACCACAGAUAAUAGUCGUUCUAGUAUUGGUUUCUUAAUCCACUAUGAAAGCGUUACCUUGGAAUCAGAUUCCUGCCUUGACCCAGGAAUUCCUGUGAAUGGCCAUCGACAUGGUAAUAAUUUCAGUAUCCGAUCUACAGUAACUUUUAGCUGUGAUCCAGGUUACACUUCGAGUGAUGAUGAACCACUUGUGUGUGAACGAAACCAUCAAUGGAACCAUGCACUACCUAGCUGUGAUGCUCUAUGUGGUGGCUAUAUUCAUGGGAGGAGUGGAACCAUUCUAUCACCUGGCUUUCCUGAUUUUUAUCCAAAUUCUUUAAACUGCACAUGGACAAUUGAAGUUUCUCAUGGCAAGGGAGUACAGCUGAUCUUCCACACCUUUCAUCUGGAAAGUUCCCAUGACUAUUUGCUCAUCACAGAAGAUGGAAGCUUCACAGAACCUGUGGCCAGAUUAACGGGGUCUGUUUUGCCUCCUACCAUUAAAGCUGGACUCUAUGGAAACUUCACUGCACAACUUCGGUUUAUUUCUGAUUUUUCCAUUUCCUAUGAAGGCUUUAACAUAACAUUUUCAGAAUACGACCUAGAGCCCUGUGAUGAUCCUGGUGUUCCUGCCUUCAGUCGAAGAAUAGGAUUUCACUUUGGUGUUGGAGAUUUCUUGACAUUUUCUUGCUUUUCUGGAUAUCGUUUGGAAGGUGCGAACAAGCUUACAUGCCUAGGUGGUGGCCGUCGUGUAUGGAGUGCACCUCUGCCAAGGUGUGUGGCUGAAUGUGGAGCAAGUGUGUCUGCAAAUGAAGGAACACUGCUGUCUCCAAAUUUUCCGUCUAAUUAUGACAACAACCAUGAAUGCAUUUAUAAAAUUGAAACUGAACCUGGGAAAGGGAUCCAUCUGAGAGCCAGAACCUUUCAGCUGCAUGAAGGCGAUACUGUUAAGGUAUAUGAUGGAAAAGAUAGCUCAUCACGUCUCUUGGGAUCCUUUACAAGAAAUGAAUUGAUAGGACACAUUCUCAACAGCACAUCAAACCACUUAUGGAUAGAAUUUAAUUCUAACGGAUCAGAUACAGAUCAAGGAUUUCAGCUCACAUAUACGAGUUUUGAUUUAGUGAAAUGUGAGGAUCCUGGAACACCAAACUAUGGCUACAAGAUCCGUGAUGAAGGGCAUUACACAGAUACUGUUGUUUUAUACAGUUGCAAUCCAGGCUACACAAUGCAUGGUAGUAGCAUUAUUACCUGCCUAAGUGGAGAUCGAAGAGCUUGGGACAAACCUUUGCCAACUUGCAUAGCUGAGUGUGGUGGACGAAUUCAUGCUGCUACUUCAGGUCGCAUUCUGUCCCCAGGUUACCCAGCUCCAUAUGACAAUAAUCUUCAUUGUACUUGGAUUAUAGAAGCAGACCCAGGGAGGACAAUUAGUCUGCAUUUUAUUGUUUUUGACACUGAAGUGGCUCAUGAUAUCCUAAAAGUAUGGGAUGGUCCUGUUGAAAGCAGUAUUCUACUUAAAGAGUGGAGUGGUUCAGCCCUUCCUGAAGACAUUUAUAGUACUUUCAACUCCCUGACUUUACAAUUUGACAGUGACUUCUUCAUCAGCAAAUCAGGAUUUUCUAUCCAGUUCUCAACAUCAGUUGCAUCAACUUGUAAUGAUCCUGGAACCCCACAGAAUGGCAGCAGAUACGGAGAUAGCAGAGAGCCUGGGGAUGCCAUCACCUUCCAGUGUGACCCAGGGUAUCAGCUCCAAGGCCAGGAUAAAAUUACUUGUGUGCAGCUGAAUAAUCGAUUCUUUUGGCAGCCUGAUGCUCCUACGUGUAUAGCUGCAUGUGGUGGAAACCUCACAGGCCCAGCAGGUGUUAUUUUAUCACCAAACUACCCACAGCCGUAUCCUCCUGGGAAAGAAUGUGAUUGGAGAAUAAAAGUAAACCCUGAUUUUGUCAUUGCCUUGAUAUUCAAAAGUUUCAACAUGGAACCCAGUUAUGAUUUUUUGCAUAUUUAUGAAGGAGAAGAUUCCAACAGCCCUCUUAUUGGCAGUUUUCAAGGCUCCCAGGCACCUGAAAGAAUAGAAAGCAGUAGUAAUAACCUUUUUCUGGCAUUUCGUAGUGAUGCUUCUGUUGGCAUGUCAGGAUUUGCCAUUGAAUAUAAAGAAAAACCACGGGAAGCUUGUUUUGACCCUGGCAACAUAAUGAAUGGAACUAGAAUCGGAGCAGACUUUAAACUUGGAUCAAGUAUUACUUACCAGUGUGAUUCUGGAUACAAGAUUAUUGAUCCUUCCACUAUUACUUGUAUGAUUGGUGUUGAUGGAAAACCUGCAUGGAACCGAGUUCUGCCAUCUUGCAAUGCUCCCUGUGGGGGACAAUAUGUUGGAUCAGAUGGAGUGGUUUUAUCACCAAAUUACCCCCAGAACUACACUAUUGGGCAGACUUGUCAAUAUUCAAUUACUGUGCCUAAGGAAUUUGUUGUGUUUGGACAAUUUGCCUAUUUUCAAACAGCUCUAAAUGAUGUAGUGGAAUUAUUUGAUGGAGAACAUCCACAGGCUAGACUUCUCAGUUCACUUUCUGGAUCUCACUCAGGAGAGACUUUGCCUUUAGCCACAUCUAAUCAGAUUCUAUUGAGGUUUAGUGCCAAGAGUGGAGCAUCUGCCAGGGGCUUCCAUUUUGUCUAUCAAGCGGUUCCACGAACAAGUGAUACACAGUGCAGCUCCGUUCCAGAGCCGAAAUAUGGUAGGAGGAUUGGCUCUGAAUUUUCAGCAGGUUCUGUGGUUCGCUUUGAAUGUAGUCCUGGCUAUCUUCUGCAAGGCUCCAAAGCUAUCCGCUGCCAGUCUGUGCCCAAUGCUUUAGCUCAGUGGAACGACACAGUGCCAAGCUGUGUGGUGCCGUGCAGUCGAAAUUUCACUGAACGGAGGGGUACUAUAUUAUCUCCAGGCUAUCCUGAACCUUAUGGUAACAGCUUGAAUUGUGUGUGGAAAAUCAUAGUGACUGAGGGAUCAGGUAUUCAGAUCCAGGUCAUAAGUUUUGCCACCGAGCAUAACUGGGACUCCCUUGAGAUUUAUGAUGGUGGUGACAUGACAGCACCAAGGCUUGGGAGUUUUUCAGGUACCACAGUACCAGCAUUAUUGAACAGCACUUCCAAUCAACUUUAUUUGCACUUUCACUCUGAUAUUAGUGUGGCAGCUGCUGGUUUUCACUUGGAGUACAAAACUGUAGGUCUUGCUGCCUGCCCAGAACCAGUAAUUCCUAGCAAUGGAUUCAAAAUGGGCGAUAGAUAUAUGGUGAAUGAUGUUUUGUCAUUUCAGUGUGAGCCAGGAUACACAUUACAGGGACGUUCUCAUAUUUCCUGUAUGCCUGGAACUGUUCGCCGUUGGAACUAUCCUUCUCCUCUCUGUAUUGCUAAAUGUGGCGGAACACUGACAAAUAUGGCUGGAGUGAUACUGAGCCCAGGUUUCCCAGGAAACUAUCCUAGUAACCUAGGCUGCACAUGGAAGAUAUUGUUGCCUGUUGGAUAUGGGGCACAUAUACAGUUUCUGAACUUCUCCACCGAAGCUAACCAUGACUUCCUUGAAAUUCAGAAUGGUCCUUAUCACACCAGUUCUAUGAUUGGCCAGUUCAGUGGAACAGACCUCCCACCAUCUUUAUUAAGCACAACACAUGAAACUCUCAUCCAUUUUUAUAGUGAUCACUCAGAAAAUAGGCAAGGAUUUAAACUGGCAUAUCAAGCAUACGAAUUACAAAAUUGCCCAGAUCCCCCACCAUUUUUCAAUGGAUAUAUAAUUAAUUCAGAUUACAGUGUGGGCCAGUCAAUAUCUUUUGAGUGUUAUCCUGGAUAUGUAUUGAUUGGUCAUUCUGUUCUCACUUGCCACCAUGGGAUUAACCGGAACUGGAACUAUCCCUUUCCAAAAUGUGAAGCUCCUUGUGGCUACAAUGUAACAUCUCAGAAUGGUACUGUGUACUCCCCAGGAUUUCCAGAUGAAUAUCCAAAUUCAAAAGAUUGUACAUGGCUUAUUACUGUACCCCAGGGCCAUGGAAUCUAUAUUAAUUUUACCUUACUCCAAACAGAACUAGUGAAUGACUACAUUGCAGUUUGGGAUGGACCAGACCAAAAUUUACCUCAGCUGGGAGUAUUCAGUGGGAAUACAGCUCUUGAGACAGCUUAUAGCUCAAGCAAUCAAGUCCUUCUGAAAUUUCACAGUGACUUCUCCACUGGAGGGUUCUUUGUUCUCAAUUUCCAUGCAUAUCAGCUUAAGAAGUGCCAGCCUCCACCAGCAGUUCUGGAAGCUGAAUUGCUUACAGAAGAUGAUGAUUUUGAAAUAGGUGACUUUGCCAAAUACAAGUGUCAUCCUGGCUAUACGUUGGUUGGCAACGAUGUAAUGUUCUGUAAACUAAAAGCACAACUCCAAUUUGAGGGUUCUCCUCCAUUUUGUGAAGCACAAUGCCCAGCAAAUGAAGUCCUCACAGAUUCAUCUGGAGUAAUUCUUAGUCCAGGUUACCCGGAGAACUACCCCAAUUCACAAACCUGUUCCUGGACUCUAAAAGUUGAACCAAAUUAUAAUAUCUCUAUCUUUGUAGAAACGUUUCAAAGUGAAAAACAGUUUGAUGAGCUGGAAAUCUUUGAUGGUUCUUCUGGACAAAGCCCUUUGUUGGUUGCUUUGAGCGGAAAUCACACUGGACAACUUAACUACACAACCAAAUCUAAUCAGUUGUAUCUGCGUUGGUCAACUGACCAUGCAACGAGUAAGAAAGGAUUCAAGAUACGUUAUUCAGCUCCUUACUGCAGCUUAAACCAUAUUGUGAAGAAUGGUGAAAUUGUAAAUAAAACCAGUGGCACAGCUGGCAGCAUCGUUCACUAUUAUUGUAAACCUGGAUAUAGAAUAAUUGGCCAUAGCAAUGCAACUUGCAGACAUCAUCCAAAUGGCAUGUAUCAGUGGGAUUUCCCCCCUCCUCUCUGCCAAGCUGUAUCUUGUGGUAUUCCUGAAUCUCCCGGAAAUGGUUCAGUCUGGGGUAAUGAAUUUAUUUUGGGCAGCAGAGUGAUAUAUGAAUGUAAUGAGGGCUUCAGGCUAGAAUCUAGUCAACAAGCAACAGCAGUGUGUCAAGAAGAUGGAUUGUGGAGCAAUAAAGGAAGGCCACCAGUCUGCAAACCUGUGACUUGCCCCAGCAUUGAGAGUCUGCUCUCAGAACAUGUAGUCUGGAGACUGAUUUCUGGGUCGGUGAAUGAGUUUGGAGCACAAGUCAUGCUGAGCUGCAGCCCUGGUUAUUAUUUAGAGGGUCAGAGACUCAUGCUGUGUAAAACUAAUGGAACAUGGAGUGAUGCUGAUGAGAGACCAAUGUGUAAUGUUAUUUCCUGUGGAAGUCUUCCAUCUCCACCGAAUGGUAAUAAGGUUGGCACUCUGACAGUAUACGGAGCCACAGCCAUCUUCACCUGCAACACUGGAUAUACACUAGUUGGUUCUCAUGUACGGGAAUGCCUAGCAAAUGGACUUUGGAGUGGCAUUGAAACACAAUGUCUUGCUGGACAUUGUGGUUCUCCAGAUCCAAUCGUAAAUGGCCACAUUAGUGGAGAUGGCUUCAGUUAUCGUGACACUGUUGUGUACCAGUGUAAUCCUGGUUUUCGACUUGUUGGCACAUCUGUUCGGAUAUGCCUGCAAGAUCACAAGUGGUCUGGGCAAACACCAGUUUGUGUCUCAAUCACAUGUGGUCAUCCUGGAAACCCUGCUCAUGGAGUGACCAACGGCAGUGAGUUCAAUUUGAAUGAUGUUGUCAACUUCACCUGCAACACGGGAUAUUUACUUCAGGGUGCCUCACAAGCACAAUGCCGGAGCAAUGGACAAUGGAGCAGCUCCUUACCUACUUGCCGAGUGGUGAACUGUUCAGAUCCAGGCGUUGUGGAAAACGCUGUUCGUCAUGGACAACAGAAUUUCCCUGAAUCUUUCAAGUAUGGAAUCAGUGUGGUGUACCACUGCAAGAAAGGGUUUUAUCUUCUAGGUUCAUCUUCUCUGACCUGUAAAGCUAAUGGCUUGUGGGGCAGAUCAUUGCCCAAAUGUUUGCCAAUAUCUUGUGGUCACCCUGGAGUUCCAGCCAAUGCAGUUCUAUCAGGAGACAAAUUUAUAUAUGGAUCUAUAGUUCGCUACUCUUGUGCAGGAAGUCGAACUCUCAUAGGAAACUCGACUAGAGCAUGCCAAGAAAACAGCCGCUGGAGUGGAACUCUUCCUCACUGCUCAGGAAACAACCCAGGAUAUUGUGACGAUCCUGGAGUGCCAUCCCAUGGGUCCAGACUUGGGGAUGAGUUCAAGAUAAAAAGCCUGCUACGUUUCUCCUGUGAAAUGGGUUAUCAGCUGAGAGGUUCCUCAGAAAGAACAUGUCUCCUUAAUGGAUCUUGGUCUGGUUUGCAGCCAGUGUGUGAAGCUGUAUCUUGUGGAAAUCCUGGGACACCAGCCAAUGGCAAGAUAGUCUUCAGUGAUGGAAUUUCAUUUUCCAGUUCAGUCAUUUACACCUGUUGGGAAGGUUACAAAACAUCAGGGUUAACUACGCGGCACUGUACAGCCAAUGGGACAUGGACUGGCACUGCCCCAGACUGCACAGUGAUCAAUUGUGGAGACCCAGGUGAAUUAUCAAAUGGCAUUCAUUUUGGAACUGAUUUCACAUUUAAUAGGACAGUAACCUAUCAGUGCAAUCCAGGCUACCUAAUGGAACCUGUGGGUGCAUCCACUAUACGCUGUACAAAAGAUGGCACCUGGAACCAGACUAAACCCAUCUGCAAAGCUAUCACCUGCGGGCCACCUCCCCAGGUGGUAUAUGGAAAGGUGGAAGGAUCUGAUUUCUACUGGGGAUCAAGUCUAAGUUACAGUUGUGCUGAUGGGUAUCAUCUUUCCAAUUCUGCUAUCAUUUCAUGUGAAGGACGAGGAGUAUGGAGGGGAGAGGUCCCACAGUGUCUCCCUGUGUUUUGUGGAGAGCCUGGUACACCAGCUGAGGGGCGACUCAAUGGUAAAAGUUUCACCUACAGAUCUGAAGUAUCUUUUCAGUGCAAACCACCUUUGAUACUAAUAGGUUCCCCGAGAAGAAUAUGCCAAGCAGAUGGUACUUGGAGUGGAAUUCAGCCAACAUGUAUUGAUCCUGCUCAUAACAGUUGCCCAGACCCUGGUACACCACACUAUGGAAUUCAGAAUAAUUCUAGAGGCUAUGAGGUUGGGAGCAGAGUCUUUUUCAGAUGUAGGAAGGGUUAUCAUGUACAGGGAUCUACUACACGAACUUGUCUUGCAAAUUUAACAUGGAGUGGCAUACAGCCUGAAUGCAUCCCUCAUGCUUGCAGACAGCCAGAGACACCAGCAAAUGUGGAUGUAAAAGCGAUAGAUCUACCUACAUUAGGCUACACUUUGGUGUAUACAUGUCAACCAGGAUUUUUCCUUGCUGGUGGAUCAGAACACCGGACGUGUAAGCCAGAUAUGAAAUGGACAGGAAAGUCACCUGUUUGUAAAAGUAAAGGAGUGAGAGAAGUUAAUGAAACAAUAACUAAAACUCCAGUUCCUUCAGAUGUAUUUUUUAUCAAUUCAUUGUGGAAGGGCUUUUAUGAAAAUCUAGGGAAAAGACAACCUGCAACUCUUACAGUGGACUGGUUCAAUGCUACAAGCAGUAAAGUGAAUGCCACGUUCAUUGAAGCAUCUGGUACACAACUCAAACUAUCAGGUGUUUACAAGAAAGAAGAAGCUCAUUUGCUUUUGAAAGUCUAUCAAAUUAAAAAUCCUAGGGAGGGUUUUGCAAGCAAAUUUGAAAAUGACAAGUGGGCGUUAGAUGGCUACGUGUCAUCGGGGCUUGACAGAGGUGUCUUCACUUAUCAAGGUGACAUACAUGGAAAAGAUUUUGGAAGAUUUAUGCUCCAAAGACAAAGUCCUUUAAGUGUGGACACAGAUCAUCUGAAUCACUACUAUGGUACAAACAGCAGUUCUGUUGCAGCUGCAAUCCUGGUACCUUUCUUUGCUCUAAUAUUAUCAGGGUUCGCAUUUUACCUCUACAAACACAGAACAAGACCAAAAGUACAGUACAAUGGUUAUGCUGGACAUGAAAACAGCAAUGGACAAGCAUCAUUUGAAAAUCCUAUGUAUGAUACAAACUUAAAACCCACAGAGGCAAAAGCUGUGAGGUUUGACACAACUCUGAACACAGUUUGUACAGUGGUAUAGCAUUCAGUGCCCAGUUUGACUGAUUCAUAGCCAUACCUCUGAUGGACAAGCAGUAAUUCCUUUGGUGCCAUAUACCGGUUCCCCUUCUUCUCUUGGUUUCGCUGCUGUAAUCUCUAACAUCUAUUGGUAUAGACACAGCAAGGCUUUCCAGUGAAAUGUCAAGUCUUCUGGGGAGUCAAGACCAAGCUAAUUUCUUCAUCUCAAAGGUGGAUUUGAAUACCUGGCUGCAUUUGCUCCAAAUAAGGCACACUUAGAAGGAAGACUGCCGAGUCAUAUCCAUCUGUCAUAUUUAAAUGCCUCAGACUUUCACAUUUGUAUGUGGCUGGAUGCCUUUCAAUGCAAUCUUCUGGGCACUUGGAUCACUCCGUUGGGAACUCUGACAAAAAUAGCACCAUAAAUUAUCCCCAGGAAUAAGAACAUUCAGAAGGAGAUUUAAGCAAAGAAGAAGUGUUUUGGAAGGAGAAGACAAUACAAUCUUCCUUGGGGGCUGCACACAUCUACAAAAUGCUUUACCAUUAAAAUCUUGUUAACAACCCUACAGUAUAUCUCAGAUAUCCAUACAUAAGGCAUUCUACAAACUUCCCAGUCAGCUGUUGUAUUGCAAAAUGUUAAUGCACAAUCUUUGCACUAGUGUGGUAUGAAUGAUUGAGUAAGAUACUGGUUAAAAACAAAAACCAAUAUACAGGGUUUAUACACACUCUCCAUUGUAUAUAAGCAUAUGCUCAUCUAUUUUUAUUUUUUUUUGUCCUGUGAAACAUUCCAUGAUAAUUUUAUCUAGUGCUCCUAUUACUCAGCAACCCCCUUACCUAGUCCUGGUAGAGCAAUUUGUGAUCAUGAAAAUACUAUGUUUGGGUUUUUUUCCUAUGUAGACACCAGUUAUAAAUCAACCAGAUGAGGGUGGGGGAAAGCCCAAGUUUACAAAUGUUCAUUCCUAAUGCUGGUUUUCUUUUCUUUCUGACAUCAUUUUUUUCCUCAGCAUCACACUCUGUAAAAGCAGGGGAGUCGGGCAGUUACUGCUGCUUGCCAUGUACAAAAUGUGAAUAGUAAUUUAUUUUAGAUAGUUCAUAAAGCCCGUGGGCCCUUGUGCUCACAAUACAGUCUUCCCUUUUUCAAUAGUUUCCCAUCUUUUUUUUUCAUGUGAAGUUACAUUGUUUUCCAGUGUUACAUAGAACUUACAAAUGUGUUACAGUAGAGUAUGGAAAAUUCCAGGCACAUCCAACACAGCAACUUUCUGCUGCAACCAUUACUCUUUCCCAUCGUGUGUGUCUGUGUGUGAAUUUAUUUGUUUGCUACAUUUUUAACCAAUACUGCUUAAUGCUUUUGUAAUCCCACAGCUUGACAGAGCAAGUUUGAGAUUUAGAAAUACUCUUCAGAGUACUGCAGCAAGGAUAGCUGCUCCCUUGGCAAAACAAAAAUAGGAAAUGACAAAACUCAUAGACAGGUUGUUGAAUCGUACAAGCCUUUUACAUAGACUACUAAUUCAUGGGUGGCCAGCUGGCAGCAUGGGUGCCACAAGUGGUACAGGCAGAAGGAAUCUGUAGUACUGCUGUAGAAAGUAAAGAAAACCAUCGGCACAGCUGUGGCAUAUUGAGGCCUGUGCUGUUGCCUAUUCCUCAGCUCAGUAGACUAGGGUAAAAGCCAAGCAUAGGGGGCUACAUAUGUACCGUGCACUAGAGUGGCACCGUCUUAAGUCUGAACUUCACUUAUGUGGGAACUCUCAUACCUAUACUAAUUGAAUCUAAUUAACUGUGUUACAUUUCAAAAAUUAUAUUCAGUUUCAUCCUGCAGUCUUGUGGACAGACAUGCGAUAAUGUGCAGCUAUAGUACACAUACUUGUGCACAAGAUUGCAAUUUUAGGGAAUAUUGUUUUUGUACCAUUAUAGCAUGAUUCAGCAAAACUUUCCAGUGGUGUAUUUCGGUUGGCUUCAGUCAGAGUCAAUAACAUUGUACGCAACUAAACAUUUAAAAAGAUACAGAAAGAUUUCUCUUUGGAUUCUGACACCCAAACAUUCUCCAAGUCAGGUCAGCAUAGGCCAGAUUCCAAAUAACUGGAUUACUAGUUCCACAUGCCAAAGGGAUCUUUGGGGUUGUGUUUCAGCCCCAUGGGUCAAAUGUCAAACAACUUUUGAAAUAGAAGAGGCUUUUAAAAACCUAAUAUGGGCAAUUUUCUUUCUUUCUUUUGUUCAAAAGAAAACAGAACAAUAUUGGGUAAGCCCAAGUCCUUGGGGUAGCUAAAGUAGUUCUUUGCUUCCUACACAUGAUGAACCCCAAUUCUAUAUGUGUUCCCUAUGGGACAUUCUAUUGACUAAACACCAAAAUCAAGCAUUAUUAGAAAAGAUAAGUUUAAGUUAAAUAGCAAGAAAAAGUUUGCAGGCUAAUCUUUGAUCAAAGUAGAAAACCUUACAUAGUUUUUGAUGGACUAUACCAGCAAUACCAAUAUGUUUAGCUGUUCUUCAUGUAAUUAGUUUUUUAAAAAAUCUUUGUUUAAUAUUAUAAACCUUGGAGAUGUCUGGACAUUUUUGCUUUGCUUUAGAUGCAGACAACUUUUUAUUAUCCCAUAUGCGUUUACAAUUUGAUAUAUCCAACAGAUGUUUGCAUUCUCUGGAAAGACUACAGUGAUCAGAUAAAAAUGUCUCCAUUUCCUGAAGCAUUGCUUCCAAUGUAGCUUGCACUGUAUACAACAGAAAGAGAAACUUCGUAUUGCUGCCUCUGGAGUCACUUUAUUGAUGGCAGAAGUAACCAAAGUCAUUCAGGAAAAAAAUACAAAGUAUGAGAGGGAAAAUGGAUUUUUUAUAUAUUAUAGUGUUAUCAGCAUAUGUCCUGAUUGAGAGAUCCAUGUGCAGUUAAAUGGGGUAUGUGGGGGGAGCUUAGUUCAUCUCAGUGGACUUAGCUGCUCAUGGAAAAGGAGCAAGGGCAUAGGUUGGCUUCAUCCAUUGAAACGAAUUGGGAGAGUGCUUCAGGCAAAGGAGCUCCAUGCAUUAUCCAGAAGAAUUCAGUAGAUCAGGAUAGUAGUCUUUUACAUUUCCAUCUUUGGGAUCUUGAAGCUGAAAAUCCUAACUUCUUUAUACUAGUGAAGUAUAAGUGAACAAGAAUAAGGCUGUUCAUAGCAGAAUAAUAAACCAUCAACUUUUUUACUUAACGGAAACAAAACAACCAUUUCACUCUGGUAUGCUCAAAUCUUUAGUUGGUGCUUAAUUUAUUAUCUGCAGUCUCACUGAUUUCAGUGGAAUUGCAGAACCAAACAUUGUUUUACUCACACGGCAUAUCUAGAGAUAUAACCCUGCCUAAUGAAAUAUGCCUGUGUGAGUGUAUGUGUGUGUAUGUUUUUCUUUGUCACCUCUGUGCCUACCUCUUGAAGGUUGUCUGUUCCCUUUGUUUUUGUUACAAUUGCAUUGCACUGAGCAGGUUAGAUCUUCCAUUUAUUCUGCUACUUUUCUGGCUCCAUACUUGUCCAGACACACAUUUGAUGCACCACCCUAACAGCCCCAAUCCUCAAAGUGCCACCCAAAGUCCAUUCGCUUGAGAGUAGGGCUUCAAUUGCGGAGUGACCUGAAUAGCAGAACUGAGGCCCAUUGUAGUAUGGUCAUGCCAAAGGCAGUCCUGAAAUCUUCUCUGUGAUGUAUUUACUGUUAACUCUUCCCCAAAAAGUUUCAGACUGAUUAUGAUAAAGCAAAGUAAACAUGAUCUAAGAAAGAACAAUCAAAAACAGGUAAUGUGCUUCAAAGCUGUUUAAAUCUGCUGCUUGUAUCACCCAUCUUGCCUUUCUCCAGGCUAGCUGCAAUAAUUUUUUUUCUUCUGUAAUAUAUUUUGUAAACAAACAAAAGCUGUUAUUAAAGAAGGGGGGAGGGGGGAAAGCUGGCAUUGCAAUCAAAUCAAUCUAAUUUUCAUUCCCAGUACUCCAUUCUGUCAUUUCACGACAUGCUGCUGUGACAUGAACUAGGUGCAAAAGAACUUUUUUGUACAGAGAUAUAUUUUUUAUGAAAAAUUUGUAAAAUUAUUAAAUAUGCUGUACUUUUUGAUUAAUGUAGGUAAAUUGUUAAAAAAAACUGUUUUUACAAUACAAAAGGAAAAAAAUCCUGUAAUUUUUCCCAAUAAUGUAAAAUGCACCAUCUUUAGCUGAAUUUUCAGUUCAGAACCUAUUACACAUGUAUUAAUAUUAAAGUGGCCUGUUUAAAAUCUAUAAUUUUUUUGGCAAAAGAAGUGUAAAAGAUUGUAAUAUAGCCUGUGCAAUGCCACUUAUCUUGAA